UAUCACAACUAUCCUGCUCAGUCUUCACUGUGAGAUCAGUUCUCUCCUGUCUCUAUCUCAGAGCCAGCGAGAGAGUUUCAUGCAUAUAUGGUUUUUGGCCAUGGUGAGGAUUCUACUUCUGCUGGUUCUAUUAGCAGUGAUCACCACCGUUGACGGCGGAAAUGUAACUUACGAUGGUAGAUCGUUGAUCAUUGAUGGCCAACGAAAGCUUCUGUUUUCUGGUUCUAUUCAUUAUCCGCGAAGCACUCCAGAGAUGUGGCCAUCUUUGAUAGCUAAAGCUAAGGAAGGAGGCAUUGAUGUGAUAGACACGUAUGUGUUUUGGAACCUCCAUGAACCACAACCUGCUCAGUAUGAUUUCAGUGGAAGACGAGACAUUGUAAGAUUUAUCAAAGAAGUUGAAGCACAAGGCCUCUAUGUUUGCCUUAGGAUUGGACCCUUUAUUCAAGCUGAAUGGUCUUACGGAGGGUUGCCAUUCUGGCUGUAUAACAUCUCAGGCAUUGUUUAUAGAUCAGACAAUGAACCUUUCAAGUUUCAAAUGCAAAGUUUUACGACAAAAAUAGUAACUAUGAUGCAAUCAGAGAAACUAUAUGCUUCACAAGGAGGCCCCAUUAUAUUAUCACAGAUUGAAAAUGAGUAUGCAACGGUGGAGAAAGCAUAUGGUGAGAAAGGUGCAGCAUAUGUAAAAUGGGCAGCUGAAAUGGCAGUUGCACUUAACACUGGAGUCCCAUGGGUUAUGUGUAAACAAAAUGAUGCUCCUGAUCCUGUGAUAAAUACAUGCAACGGAUUGAAAUGUGGAGAGACAUUUGUGGGGCCUAAUUCGCCCAAUAAGCCUGCAAUUUGGACCGAGAAUUGGACUACUAGAUAUGUAAUAAAUGGCAUGAAUAUACGAACAAGAGCUGUGGAGGACAUUGCAUUUCAGGUUGCCUUAUUCAUCAUUGCAAAGAAUGGAAGCUUUGUCAACUACUACAUGUAUCAUGGGGGAACUAAUUUUGGAAGAACAGCCUCAGCAUUCAUUCCACCAAGCUAUUAUGAUCUAGCACCUCUUGAUGAGUAUGGGUUGAUUAGGCAGCCUAAAUGGGGUCAUCUAAAGGAUCUGCAUGCAGUAAUUAAGCUGUGUUUAAAUCCUUUACUUUCAGGAGCACAAAUGAACAUCUCUCUUGGCCAACAGCAACAGGCUUAUGUGUUUAAUGGACAAGCAGGAGAAUGUGCAGCCUUUCUUGUCAACCAUGACACAGAAAAUAAAGCUUCUGUGCUAUUCAAAAAUGCUUCAUAUGAUCUGCCUCCAAAAUCUAUAAGCAUCUUGCCUGACUGCAAAAAUGUUGCCUUCAAUACUGCCAAGGUGAGCACUCAGUACACUACAAGAAGCAUGGUAAGAAACAGGUUGCUGGAUGGUGCACAAACGUGGGGAGAAUUCCAUGAAGCUGUAAUCAAUUUUGAGGAUACCUCAAUAAAAUCAGAAAAUCUACUUGAGCAAAUGAACACUACCCAAGAUGCUUCCGAUUAUCUUUGGUACACUUUCAGGUUUCAGCAAGAGUCAUCUGAUGCAGAAGCAGUACUCAAUGUGAGAUCUCUUGGCCAUGUUCUGCAUGCAUUUGUCAAUGGUCAAGCAGUAGGAUAUGCUCAAGGAAGUUAUAAAAAUCCACAGUUCAACCUGCAGAGCACAGUAUCUUUGAUUGCAGGGAUUAACAAUGUCUCCUUGCUAAGCGUGAUGGUUGGUUUGCCGGAUUCAGGAGCAUAUAUGGAGAGAAAGGCUGCUGGACUAAGGAGAGUCAUGAUUGAAGAUAAUCAAGGAAAUAAGACCUUCACCAACUAUUCAUGGGGAUAUCAGGUAGGAUUACUGGGUGAGAAAUUACAACUUUACACAGAACAAGGCUCAAGCCAAAUCCAGUGGGGAAAUUUUUCCAGUCCUCAAAAUCCACUGACAUGGUAUAAGACAGUGUUUAAUGCACCUGCAGGAGAUGCGCCGGUUGCGCUAAACCUUGGUUCCAUGGGAAAGGGUGAGGCAUGGGUUAAUGGAAACAGCAUUGGGAGAUAUUGGCCCUCAUAUCGCUCGCCAGAUGGUUCGUCACAAAUAUGGUAUAACCACUGUACUCAUAAUGGUUGCAUUAUAAGCCGAAGUCUGCAUGUUUGGCUUGUUGAGCUACUAAUCUUACUUUGUUUUGAUUUUAGGUACAAUGUGCCUCGAUCAUUUCUCAAACCUACAAGAAACCUAUUAGUUCUGUUAGAAGAAGUAGGUGGGAAUCCUCUGCAAAUUUCAGUGGACACUGCAUCAAUCUCACAAGUAUGCAGUUAUGUGACUGCUUCUCAUCUUCCUCCUGUAUCUUCUUGGGUAGUAUAUGAACAGAAAACUAAAACAUAUAUGAAGAUUAAGCAGAGAAAGGCAGUAGUUAAAUUGGGUUGCCCUUCAAAUAGCAAGAUUUCUAAUAUUGCAUUUGCAAGCUAUGGAACUCCACUUGGUAACUGUACUGCUGCUUAUGCAGUUGGCAAUUGCCAUUCAUACUCUUCUAAAGCUAUUGUUGAAAAGGCAUGUCUAGGGAAAAUGAGAUGUUCAAUUCCUGUAACAAACAGAUAUUUUGGUGGUGAUCCAUGUUCAGCCAAUGAAAAAUCUUUGCUUGUUGUUGCAGAAUGCAGAUGACAGCAGCAAAUUUCAUAACCAUUCCAGUUGGAAUGAUUUCGGAUUAUUUGUACCCAAAGGAUAAUAGUUUUUUUGUGCAUUCAAUUUUUAAAGAAAUUAAUUUUCUGCAACACAUUAAAGAUUUUGGUUAUUCUUUGUCGGAAUCAAAUAAGAUAUUAUUCUUCAUUGAUUUUUUUAUUC